UCUAACUAGAACAAGAUGCCUGAGCCAGCGAAAGCACCCAAGAAGGGCGCUAAGAAAGCCGCCCCUAAGGCCAACAAGAGUGGCAAGAAGAGGAGGAGGACCAGGAAGGAGAGCUAUGCCAUCUACGUGUACAAGGUCAUGAAGCAGGUCCAUCCCGACACCGGGAUCUCCUCCAAGGCCAUGGGCAUCAUGAACUGCUUUGUGAGUGAUAUCUUUGAGCGCAUCGCCGGUGAGGCCUCCCGUUUGGCUCACUACAACAAGCGUUCCACCAUCACCUCCAGGGAGAUCCAGACCGCCGUCCGCCUGCUGCUGCCCGGGGAGCUUGCCAAGCACGCCGUGUCUGAGGGCACCAAGGCUGUGACCAAGUACACCAGCUCCAAGUAACACUGCUGUGAACCAGCAACCCCCAAAAGGUCCUUUUCAGGACCACCCACAUCACACUAACAGAGCUGAAGUCCCAGAUAUUACGCAACACUGAAACAAACCGGGAUACUUCUGAUGAAGAGAUAU